AUGGCGGGUCAGAUCUUGGACCGGCCAAAAGUGGAUCGGUAUCCCGGAAAUCACAUCCUUACCUUACAGGGUAUGUUCAAUUUUAGUUUCAAGAACAACCAAGAUGAGACAUCGUUUAUGUACGAAAUUACCAACAAUCCAAUCUUCCCAAUCUCAAUGGGAGUGUUGACGUGUGGGGCAAGUUAG